AUGAGAAUUUAUCAAUGUCAUUUCUGUUCCUCUCCAGUUUAUCCUGGUCAUGGUAUUAUGUUUGUUAGAAACGAUGCUAAAGAAUUCAGAUUUUGUCGUUCUAAGGGUCAUAAAAACUUCAAACAACGUCGUAACCCACGUAAAUUAAGAUGGACUAAAACUUUCAAAAAAUCUGCUGGUAAAAAAUGGGCAGUUGAUUCUACAUUGAACCUUUGCACAAAAAGAAAUGUCCCUGGAAAGUAUAACAAAAAUUUGGUUCCCACUACCUUGAAGGCAAUGUCCGAAAUAGAGGAAUUUUGCCCGAUACUGGGAAAAACCCUUCUUAUAAACAAAAUGGAAGGUAAUAAAAAAGGAAACUUCUGA